AUGAUGCUCGCGCCGCUGCUGUGCCUGCUGCGCAAGCGGUUCCUCCUGCUCCUCCUCGCGCCGGCCCUCGCCGUCACCACCCUCCUCCUACUGAGCCGGACCUACUCGCCGACGCUCAGCCGGGUGCACUGGCGCAGCGACUGGUCCUGGGUCGACAUGGGCGCCUCGGGCAUGGCGCCGAUGCGCCGCUACCGCUCCUUCGACCACGCCUCCGUCGACGUGCGCUUCGUCGUCCGCGACGAGCGCCGCUGCAGCCGCGAGCAGCUCUUCCUCGCCACCCGCGGCUCCGGCACCGAGCCCGGCGCCGUCAUCCUCGACCACGCCGGCGAGCUCGUCUGGCGCCAGCCGCGCUUCGCCGACGAGGUGCACGACUUCCGCGUCCAGGAGCACAGGGGCCAGAAGUUUCUGACGUUUUGGGCCGGCGCCCCCGACGGCGGCGGCAAGCAAGGUUCUUGGUAUCUGAUGGACGACACUUACACGAUUCGACACAAUGUAUCGGCGCCCGGCUUCGAAUUCGGGGACAUGCACGAGUUCGAGCUCACCCCCAACGGAACCGCACUCGUCACCAUCUACAACCCCAUCCCGGCUGACCUGUCCGCGAUCGGCGGUCCGGCGCAGGGCUACAUGCUCGACGGCGUCUUCCAAGAAAUCGACCUCGAAACCGGCGCGGUGCUGUUCCAGUGGAACGCCUCCGACCACAUCCCCCUCAGCGCCUCCAAGAAGCCGCUCGCCGGCUGCAGCGACGACCCGAAACGCGCCUUCCUCGGCUGCGGCAACCGGCCCGACGCCGCGUUCGACUACUACCACAUCAACAGCGUGCAAAAGGACCCGCGCGGCAACUACCUCGUCUCCGGCCGGCACACGUCGUCCCUCACGUACAUCAACGGCACGAGCGGCGCGCCCCUCUGGCACAUGGGCGGCGACCUGAACCAGUUCGACGCGGUGCCCCUCGGCACGCGCCUCCUCUUCGCGUGGCAGCACGACGCCCGCCUGCAGCCCGACGGCACCACCAUCACGCUGCUCGACAACAACGCGUACGACCCGCGCGCCGCCCCGCGCACCGAGUCGCGCGGCCUCCGCCUGCGCGCCGACUUUUCCACCAUGAACGUCACCCUCGUCACCGCGUACCGGCACCCGCAGCGGAUCAUGGCCUUUUCCCAGGGCAACGCGCAGGUCCUGCCUCCGUCGCCCAGCGACGAGGGCGAGGGCAACGUGUUCGUCGGCUGGGGCAGCAGCGCCGCCUUUACCGAGUUCGCGCCGGACGGCGAGGUCCUCUGCGACGCGCGCUUCGCGCCCGCCGCGCUCUUCUCCUUCCAGCCGCUCAGCUCGUACCGCGCGUACCGGGGCACGUGGGUCGGCCGGCCGCCGUGGCCGCCGAGCGUGGCCGUCGUCGGGCGCGGCGUGUACGUCAGCUGGAACGGCGCGACCGAGGUGGCCGCCUGGCGGCUGCAGGGACGAGUGCGGGGCGGCGAUGGGGAGUUUGAGGACGUGCUCGAGGUGCCCAAGGUGCGCUUCGAGACGGAGAUCCUGCUCCAAGGCGAGGCGACGCGGAGGAGGAGGUACGGCGAGCUGCGGGUGCUGGCGGUGGACGUCGGCGGCACCACGCUGGGGACGUCGGCGGAGGUUGAGGCGCCGAGUCGCUGGCUGGUGCUGCUCCUGGGCAACCUGCUGGUCGUGGGCGCCGCGGGGGGCAUGGUCGUCGGCUGCGUGCUGCUCGUCGCCGGCGUCGUGCAGUGCCGGAGAGGACGGCAGCGCGGCAGAAAGCCCUCGUCUGCCGGGUACGAACUCCUGGAAAUGGAAGAGUGA